AGGUUGCAUUGAGGGCCAGAGCUGGGCAGUAAAGACAAUGUACGGCACAAUCAAGCAGCCAGAUGUUGCUCCUAACUAAAGACAAGUUAGAUUUGAAGGGCCUAACUAGCAAUGGGGAGUCUUGUUGCUCAUCUGUUUCUGCUCCUGCUGAUCUCCACGGGACACGUCUAUGGAGUGUCAUUCUAUGGGGAUGGAUACAUCCACUUGCGGACAGUGGAGGCGUCCAUUCAGACGUUGCUCCAUGUGCGUUUUCGAACCUCCAGUCCGGCGAGCAUGCUGUUUCUGGCAGCCGGACGCCGAGACUUCCUGCUGCUGGAGCUCCUCUCUGGGCGCCUGCAGGUCCGUUUGGACCUGGGCUCAGGUGAGCGUUCACUACAGUCAGAAAUGGGCAUCCAUCUUGGCGACCUGGCGUGGCACACCGUGGAGCUGACCCACGACCACCACAACGUCAACAUGACCGUGGACCGGAACUCUCAUACCAGCCUUCGUAUGCCAGGACCAGAUCUGGAGCUCAGUGUGGAGGACGGACUUUUCGUUGGCGGGACCGCCGGACUGAAGCACCCAUUCCUUCUCAACAUCUCUGCUGGGUUUCGAGGCUGUGUAGAUGAAGUAGUGUUCAAUGAGCACAACCUGUUGUCUAGCCUAAGGCCUUAUUCUGGGUACACGAGCGUCCACGAGGUCUCUCUCGGCUGCAGUCCACAGUUUUCGGCAACAGACGUAGAUUCUGUUAGCUUUUUCAGCUCUAAAUCUUUUAUCUUUCUCCCGCCGUGGGAAAGGCCACAAGAGGGAGUGUUUGAAUGUGAAAUGUACCCUUCUGCGAGAGAAGAAGAUGGCAUGGUGCUGUAUAGCUCUGGCCACCAGGGGGGAUUUGUUGCCAUCGAGAUCAGAGAUGGUAACAUGGUGGCAACGAUAGGAAAUGGAGAAAGCAGUAAGGCUGAGCUGCGUUCUCGAACGCAUGUUCACAGCAACCACACAUGGUACCCCAUCCGGCUGCACCUGCUGCCCAACAGCAUCCAGCUGAAGGUGGGUGAGGAGUUGGUUCAGGCCACCCUGAGUCUGGAGCUCCAGGACAUCCAGCUCAAUGGGCCUCUCUUCCUGGGAGGGCUAGAUGAAGAAGCACGGGGAGAGGCAAGGCGCGCUGGGUUGUUGUCCGCUGUCCCUGGGGGUGAACCGGCGGGCCGAGGAGGGUCCUUUAAAGGGUGCCUCCGAGAAAUUAGGGUGAACACUCAAAGAACAGGCCUUCCUCAUGCCACCAUCACCAAGGACAUCACUGUAGGCUGUAAGACGGCGCAAGUUCCAGAUGCGGCGUCCACCACCAGCCCAACAGAUCAUCCCGAGUUUGAUGUCAUCACCAAACAACCAAUUGCCAACAAUAAGAAGAACAGUAACUUUCUGUUGCUGAGAAAGCUAGAAGUUUUGGAGGGAGGCCGGGCAGCACUGGAGCCCAAACACAUGAGGGUGAAUCUGGAUUUUCGGAAAUUGGGCAUUCAUCCAUCUCGAUUGAUGUUCCGCAUUGAGGGGCAGCCUGUCCACGGCCAGCUCCGGCUGGACCUCAGUCUCGACACUGAUGGGAUUCUGGGCGAGGGGCAGGAGAGGACUAUCACAAUAGGAGAGAUUGACCGCACGUUCAGUAUGCUGGACUUGUGGCAGGGCCGGGUGAUAUACAUUCACAGUGGUUCAGAGGACCAGAAGGACUUCUUCAUGUUUUCGGUGUUCUCCAUCAAUAAGAAGGCGCUUCCUGUAUUUCAAAAGGGUAAGCGCCUGCAUCGGUUUGAUAUCAGCGUCAGUCCUGUUAAUGAUGCGCCGGUGCUCAGCCUGCCGGAGGGAAACCUGUUCACGUUGUUGGAGAAGUCCAAACGACAGCUGACAACGGAUGUGCUGAGGGUGUGGGACCCUGACAGCAGUCGUGCAGAGCUGGUGUUCAGCUCCCUGGGAGACCUCAACACUGAGGUUGGACAUCUUGAGCACCAGGAAUACCCUGGCAGGGCCAUUAACUUGUUCUCUCUGAAUGAUCUGGAGGAGGGUAAGAUCUUCUUUGUCCACACUGGGGUCCCCACCUCCCGGCUGGCGCUCAGGGUCAGCGACGGGCUGAAGUUGAGCAACACGGUAGUUUUAAGGAUCAUGGCGCUGUCCCUCGAACAUAAACUGGUGAAUAACACCGGACUGGAGGUGAACCAAGGCGAGGCUUCCAUCAUCACAACCACUCACCUUGCAGUGCAAGUCAAUCUGAAUCAUCAGGCGGUAGAAAUCCGCUAUGACGUUACAGAGCCGCCACAAUACGGUGAGCUCCAACGGUUGCACUCAAGUGGCGACUGGAAAGCGGCAACUUCCUUCUCUCAGAAACUUCUGGAAAAAGAACGGAUCCGAUACCUCAGUACCUACCGCGGCAUUCAGACUCAAAAGAGCAACAUCACUGAUUACUUCAAAUGUAACAUCAGCAUCGGUUCCCGGGCCACUGAGGAGGUGGUUUUCCCCGUCACGGUACGCUGGAUCCUCUUUAAGGUCACGCGAAGCAAGAUGGAGGUCAACGGUGUUCAGUCUGCUGCCGUCACUCCCAAGGACCUUCAUGUGAUCUCAAAGGGUGUUAAAGUCAAUGAGAGCAACCUCCACUUCAGGCUUCUAACAGUGCCAAAGAAAGGGCAGCUGUUCCUUGACAACAGCGCUCUCCAAAGGAACUCAACCUUCAGCCAAAACGAUGUCACGGAUGGCUUGAUGGAGUACGAGCUGCUCAACACGCCGCAGCAUGACACAAGAGACACCUUCAGCUUUCAGGUGUUUUCAACGCAUGCCGACUCAACAGCUUACGACUUCAGAAUCAACAUCAAAGCCGAGUCGACCGCCAUCACCGUUGUAAACAAGGGCCUUUCGAUCCUGGAAGGAGGAAGUAGAGUCAUCAACAAAGACAUCCUGUUCACUCACACAGCAAGUAACCAGGAGGUGCACUACAGCAUCACGGUGAGCCCCAAGCACGGGCAGCUGAGGAGGAUCAACCUCUCCAACUCGACUUCCAUGAACGAUAACAUUGUGACAUUUACAAAUCAGGAUAUCACCGCGGAGAGGAUCGUGUACGUUCACGAUGACAGCGAGAGCAAGCAGGAUUCCUUCGCUUUUCAAAUGAUGGUUUACAAAGCGAACAAACGCACCAGCAAGAAGGACGACGGGAACUCGGCCGAGCACACCUUUAACAUCUCUGUGCAGCUCGUCAACGAUGAGAGGCCUGUCAGGGUUGUCGAUAAAGUUUUUCACGUAGCUCGCGAUGGGCAGAGGUUGGUGACGUUGCGUGACCUUCGUUACCGGGACGACGACUCUGACUUUGAGGACAAUUGGUUGGUGUACACGCGGAGGGGGAUUCCCAUGGGAGAGCUGGUGCUGUCCAGUGAUACGAGUCACAAGCUGUACGAGUUCACACAGCGGGACCUCGAGCAGAACAAAGUGCUGUUUGUCCACAGAGGUGUGAGUUUUGGGCGUUUUGUGCUUUUCGUAUCAGAUGGGAAACAUUAUGUUUCAACAAUGCUGGAGGUGAGGGCGCAGGAUCCUUACCUUCAGGUCGAGAACAACACGGGCCUCAUGGUCCAGCGAGGUGGGCUCAUAACCUUGACCUCUGCCAACCUCAGCAUCUUCAGCAACCUCGACAUCCGAGACCCGCAGGAAGUGACAUUUGAGGUCUUCCGUCCACCUAAACACGGCAUACUCUGCUUUAAUGAUGGAGAUUGUGUAACAGCAGCCGGCGCAGUUUCAAUAUUCACCCAGCGAGAUUUGGUGGCGGGGCGCCUGGAGUAUCGGCACGACGGCAGCCGUGAGUUGUCAGAUGGGUUCAAUGUAACAGCAAAAAGGAGGGAAACACAUCUGGAUUUUGGAGUGAUGAUAAAAAUCCGCCUAGAAAGCCACCAGAGGCCGCCAACGGUCAUAAGUAAUCAUCCAGUGGUGGUGGCGGAGGGACAGUAUGUCUCCAUAAGCAAGGAGCACUUGGAGGUGGUUCAUGAUGACAGCCAGCCCUCACAGAUAGUUUUUACCGUCCAAAGUCCUCCCACCCUGGGCUUUCUCCAGCGGUUCACCUCCAACGACACGCAUCAGAUCAACAACGGAGAACAGCUGCCCCUCAAUGAAACACAGCCACCUGGCGUCACAGAGCAGCCAACACAUUCCUUCACCCAGGAGGAUCUCAACCAGGGAUGGAUCAUCUACCACCAGCAGGCUGCAGGACGCACCAACGACUCUGUCCUGUUGGAGGCAACCAACGGGGUCACGAGGGUCGGACCUAUCAGGCUAGAGAUUGACAUCAUCCCUAUCCUGCUCCCUCUUCAGGUGUCUGACUUGACCCUCGAUGAGGGGUCGUCCCUGCCACUGACCACUGACAUCAUCAAGGUGGCCAAUCAUCACUUCUCAGGGAUGAACUUCCUGUACCAGGUCAUCGUUCCUCCGCAACACGGAUACUUGGAGCACAGCCGGAUCCCGGGGAUGCCCAUCAGUGCUUUCACUCACACUGAGGUGGAACGUGAGUACAUCUCAUAUAUCCAUGAUGGCAGCGACACACUGAAAGACAACUUUACCAUUGUGGCCAAUCAGACGGAAAUCAGGAAGCACAGUCUGCCCUGCACUGCUCACAUCAAUGUCACGCCGGUCAAUGAUGAGACUCCUGUUGUUUCAACCAACAAGGGGCUGAAGGUGUGGGUGGAUUCAGUGACAGAAAUCACCACAGACGAUCUGAGUGCAGAGGAUUCGGACACUCCUCAGCCUGAGGGACUGGAGUUCAUCGUCACACCACCAAGCAACGGACACCUGGCCCUGAAGGGGGCCCCCUCCAGACAAAUCCUGAACUUCACCCAAAAUCACAUACAGACUGGACAACUGAUGUUCAUGCACAGUGGUGCUUUAUCGGGUGGCUUUCACUUCCAGGUGAACGACGGUGUGAACUUUGCCCCUCGACAGAUUUUCAGGACAACUGCCCACUCCCUGGUCCUCACCUUGCAGAGAAACCAUCCCAUGGAGGUCUACCCAGGCUCUGUGACGCCAAUCUCUGAGCAGGAGCUUCAGGCCGUAACAAACGAUGUCAGCGACAUGAGGAGAAACCACUCGGUGGUGUUUGCAGUAACCGAUCCUCCUAAACUCGGCAGCCUGGUCCAACGUAUGCCCGACAACUCGACGAGAAACAUUGUCACGUUCACACAGCGCAUGGUGAAAGAUGGGGUUAUUCUGUACGACCAGAACAAGCCACAGUCAGUGGGCUGGUCGGCUGCAGACGCCUUCUCUUUCACCGUUUCCUCUCCUCCUGCUUUCCUUCCUCCACACACCUUCACCAUCUUAAUCUCCGAUCAGGCCAACGCGCAUCCCGACAGCCCUCAACACAAGACCAGGCUGCUGAGCAACGCAGGUGCGGUGGUGGCCGAGGGAGGCAGGGUGACAAUUGACCGGUCUAAACUCGAUGCAUCCAAUCUCCUUGGGAAAGUCCCUGAGCCGCACCGGAAGGACCACCACAUCCUGUACCGCCUGAUUUCCCCGCCGCGCCACGGGGUUCUGUCUAUACAUGGACAGAACGUCACCAGGAACCAACCUGAUUUCUCUCAAGUCACCCUAAACAAGUUUGGCGUGACGUAUGUCCACGAUGACUCGGAGACAACGAGCGACAGCUUCACUUUCCGGGCCUGGGUGGCUCCUUUGGAUCUCUUCUCCUCUUCCUCGUCUGCUUUAUCCUCCUCCUCCUCGUCCUCUUCCUCUUCCCCUCUCUAUUCAGCCUCAUCGUCGACCCUUUCGGCAUUAGAUGUUGGUUCUCAGCGCCGUGCCACGGACAGCCUGGAGGUGACGGAGACGUUCAACAUCACAGUGACACCGGUCAACGACCAGCCGCCACUCAUCAGGAGCAGGGCCCCGAGUAUGAAGGUCGUUGUCGGUGAGAGUGUCGUACUGGGACCAGACAAUCUGCAGGUUGAGGACCAUGACACCCCUCCAGAGGAGCUGCACUACCUUGUGUUCAGCAAGCCAAACAACGGCUACCUGACGCUGGGGGAGAGGCUGGAGCCGGUGACCUCCUUCACCCAGUAUGACGUCAACCACGGCCGCCUGCACUUUAUACAGCAGGGAGAACCCUCAACAGGUGUUUUCCACUUUAACGUAACCGACGGUCAUCAUCGUCCACUCUACAAGAUGUUUAGUUUGGAGGUGAUAAAGCCCUCCGUCUCCAUGGUGAACAACACUGGCCUGUCAUUGGUUCAAGGCAAGACCGCUGUGGUCCUGACAACCAACCAGUUUGCAGCUCAGACCAACAGUCGCCGGCAGGUCAACAUCACCUACUCCGUCACCGCACACCCUCGCCACGGACGCAUCGCCAUUAACGACCAGGAAGUCACAACCUUCCGCCAUGAGGACUUGCAGUCAGGACGUGUCGUCUAUCACAUGACUGAUCUCAGCGAAUCAGAGGACAGCUUCCAAGUCUCAGUGUCAGCCUCGUCACCCGGCGUUGACUUCGGAAAUGUGACAGCACAGAUGGUGAAUGUAACUGUGAGGCCUCUGAUCUACCUGAGGGAGCAGGUCAGAGUGCCCAGUGGUAUCGCCGUGAAGCUCGGGAAAGCCAUGAUCGAUGCCUCCGAGCUGGCGAGAAUCAGCCGAGCCGACCCGGUCUUUCAGGUUCUGUCACCUCCGAAACACGGGAAACUAGUCAAGAUGACCUCUGACCCGAACCGAGCAUCAGAGGUGCUGAAGUCAUUUACGUUCAGCGAUGUGGUGCAGGGCCGGGUCGCCAUCGAGGAGACUCUCAGUGACAGUGACAGCAAAUCAGCACUCGCAUCGGCUGGAGGCCACGCCCCCGCCACACCUCUCAAUGAUUCGUUCAUCUUCAUGCUGAGGGCUGGAAACGUCCAACCGGCGAAGGGCGAGCUCCACUUCACCAUUUAUCCCCACCACCAGAUGCAUCGUGGUCCAAGCAGUUCAAAUACAGACGGUACGAGUCGUGAACAAACGACGACCCAACUUCCAACACAGAAUAAGACGACCGGAAGGGGAGGCGGGCGAGGGGGUUCCACGGCGGUCAGCGGGGACCGGGUUGGUUUGCCCCCCCACAUUUUGUCACAUAAGAACCAGAACAGGACACAGCACAAGUUGAGGCCUCACAGCCGCUGGGGGAAUCACACACGCAGCGGCAGUCACGGAGGAAGAUCGGGGGGUCGUGCAGAGGGAAUGGGUCGCGGCCCACAGCCCCACACUCCUUCUGACUCAGACAAGUAUGCUCCAGCAAUCCCUCCCGACAUACAACCGGUCCACGUUGAGAUCCUCCCUCGGCCCGCCUCCGACCCUCUCCUCAUUAUCCUGCCGCUGCUGGCUUGUUUGUUCCUCAUUAUAAUCCUCGUCGUUUUGAUUUUGGGGUUCCGCCGCCGCAAGGAGAAACAGGCCCGGCUGCGGCUCCUCCAGCAGCUCGCUGCAGUGACAAUACCCCCCGGGGGCAGCCCGUACCUGGGCCGGGCAGAGCGGAGCGUGGCUAUGCCCUCCGUGGUGGUCACCCCGCUGGGCCCUACAAGCUGCCCAAGCUCCCCUAGGAUACCUUUAAAUCCCAGAAGGAGGAGUCUGGCCCCUGGGGUGACCUUCUGGGGGCCAUUUGAAGCUGAUGGAGCAGGUGGAGAUGGAAAAAUUAGAGGUGGUAAGAUUAUUGAAAAAGAUAUGGUAAAUGCAGGAUUCCAAACAGCUCUGAGAUCUAGGUCCUCUACUCCGACUCUUAAAGGAAACCAGUACUGGGUUUGAUGGACGAAUUCCAAAGAUAUGUGCCUAAAAGGUGUUUUUUAGUUGUAUUAAUAGAACAUGUCCAUGGGACAUCUGUAGUCAUCUGUAGGCACAUCAACUUAAAAAGAAUAUGCACAUUAGGUAAAAGAGAUACUGUUGGGGCACUGCUCCUUUUUUUGUAGGAAAAACUUCUUUGUUGUCUUAACAAUGUACCGAAAAACUGUUAUUUAAUCCGUAAAACAUCCCCCCGCUCCAUAGGAGCUGUAAUUGUACUUCAGUGAUGUGACACUAGCACGGCCACCAUUGGUUCUUUUAUGCAAAAACGUAAUCGUAUAGCAAUCCGCCUGACUGAUUCCUCAAAGCACCGAUUGUAACUUCUAUAGCUCUGACGAAGAAAGCACAACUUUUGAAGUGUGACCGAACAAGGGAGUAAAACGUAGUAUUGUUAUUGUAUUUAUUAUAAACAAUUAAAUGUAACUGAAUUGUAGCUCAAAAGAGUUAGUAGUGUAAAUGGUUAUUGACACCACUCAACUGCAAUAUUGCCACUGUACAGUGUUGAUGUGUUCAACACCUUGUAUGUCAGCUGGUAUCAUACUGCUUGUGUGUAGAUGUGACUAAAAGCACUGUAAGCUUCCAAAUCUAUGCAUGCAAACUGUUUUCUAUGACGACCACCCCUUUGUAGCUGCUGUGCACACUUUUCUGUUUCCCUUGUGUGACGUUGUCACAGCUCAAGGCAGUGAGUUGUCAUGUAACCUCUUCUCAUAAAACAUACAGUAUUAACAAUAUACAGUGAGAUGUAGACACUGGUAGCUUCCUCACUUCUCGAUUGACUCCAACAUUUGCCAAGCACUGAAAGAUUUAUUUUUAAUAAAAAAUAUUUCCUAAA